CUCACCCACGUGACCGGUCAAACCCUCUUGCUGUCGUCGUUCACAGUUCAGUUCGUCGUUUCCUGCUGCAUCACUUGCACUACAAACUUUUUGUUAACAGAUGGAUAUCAAGAAAGAGAUCAGAGAUCUUAAGGAGAAAGGAUGGAAGCUUGUAGAAGAAGGACAUUAUCUGGAGGCAAUUGAAAUGUGUGAUAGAGCUAGACAAAUGGCAGAACAACACUUAGAAGUAACAGAUGAAGUGAGACUGUCAGUUCUUCAUAAUCUGGGGGAGACAUACAGACUUAAUGGAGAAUAUACGAAAGCACAAGCAAUUCUAGAAAAUGUUUUAUCGGUUAUGAGAAAACAUCCUGAGACACAUAAUCUCUUACUGCCUAACACCUUGUUUUCUCUGGGGCAUUGUUACUUUUAUCAAUCCAAGUAUGUUGAUGCCACAUCAUUACUGGAGGAGUGCUUGUUAAUACGACAGAAACACCUUCCAGCUAAUGAUGUGGAGGUGGCCAAGACUAUGAAGAUGCUUGGUGACUGUUUUAUGAAACAAAAGAAACUGUCUGAAGCAGAAAGAUUAUUGAGACAUUCACUUGAGAUCAUAAAAUCUGCUCACACAAAAGAUCAUCCUGAUCUUGCAAGUGUUCAAUUCUCACUUGCUAACUGUCUGGACCUACAAGGUGAAGUAAGUGAAUCAAUCAAGCUGAUGACCGACUGUGUCAGGAUGUAUAAAUCAAGUCUCCAUCAUGAACAUCCUGAUGUGGCUAGUGGUUAGUUACUUGUCUUUCUUUUGACAUCAACUUUAUGUGAAUUGUGAGCUUGACAUGCUGAUUAUCAUUUGCACAUGUUGAUACUGCAGUAUAAAUCAGUCAUAAUUGUCAUGUGUUGGUUACGAGUUGUUGUUGUUCUCAGCUGUUGGUCAACUGGGAGAGUGUUUAUUGGAAGUAGGAAACUUGGAUGAGAGUGAACAAUACUUGAGAGAGUCUCUUGACAUCUACAGACAUUCACUCCAUGAG